AUGAGUGAAUUUCAGCCUUCUUGUCAGAACAGAACACCAGGAUUGUUUAACAGCUCUUGGAGUGGGUGGCACCUCUACCAGGUGAUCAGUGCUGCAGAGACAAUCAUCCUUCCCUCUCUGAUUGGGGUUAUCUGUUCAACAGGCUUAGGUGGAAAUAUCCUCACAGUGUUCACAGUAAUAAGAACCCAGAAGAAAACUCUCCCAGAUACCAGCAUCUGCAAUCUGGCUAUAGCAGAUUUGUCUCCUAUCACUGGCAUGCCCUUUCUCAUUCACCAAUGGGCACAUGGAGGCAAGUGGGUUUUUAUCAGACCUCUUCAUACCAUCAUUACCUCCCUGGACACAUGCAACCAGUUUACAUGCAGUGUUAUUAUAACUGCAAUGUUUGGACAGGUUACAUCACUUAUUCUGAUGUUCCCUGUGUGGGUCUACUCAAAAGUAAUAAAGUUCAAAGGUGGUUUGAAGAGUUGCACUUUUGAUCUAACCUCACCUGAUGAUGUUCUCUGGUAUACACUUUAUCUUACUAUAACAACUUUCUUUUUUCCUCUACCUCUGAUACUUACUUGUUAUAUUUUUAUUUUAUGUUACAUGUGGAACAUGUAUCAGCAAAACAAGAAAGCAAGAAGUAUCCCCAGGCAGAGAGUCAUGAGGCUCACUACGACAGUGCUUGCCCUGAUCAUGAUGUCUGCAGUAAGCAUUGCCCCAUUCCAUGUCAUCCAGUUCAUGAAUCUUCAGGUUUCUCAGCCAGCCCUGACCUUCUGCAUGAGCUACUACAUCUCCAUCUGCCUCAGCUCUACCAGCAGCAACAUUAAUCCCUUUCUCUACAUCCGGAUGAGUGGGAACUCCCAGAAGCAUCUCCAGUGGUGCACAAACGUGGAAGUCAGAGUGGCAGAAUGGGAUGUCAAUGUCAUUGAGAACACACUCCAGUCAAGUUUUUGA